AUGUUGUUUGCUUUAACGAUCUUGAUUCACUUUGGUGGAAAUCUGAUCAAUUGCAAUGAAGAUAUUCCCAUUUGUGACGAGCAAUUAAAACAACUGAAAGAAGACGUGAAAGACUGGGAAAAGAGAUGUGUGAAUGAAAGUCUGGAAAACUUGGAUGAAAUGGAACGAUAUUUUACUGAAAGUCAACGAUCUGACAAUGAAACUCAACGAUAUUUCAAUGAACGUCGACGUGAGAAUAAUUCCUCUGGUUGCACAGCAGAAAAAGAAUAUCUCCAGGAGAGAAUGCGUAUGCACUCAGAGAUGUGCUUCUAUGACGGACCUUAUCCUGAGCAAUAUAUGUUUUUGGCGAAGGACACUGCAAUCUUGGCUGUCGAUUUAACGACGCUGGAUGCGACAGUCGUCGUAGGUGGAAAAAGAAAUAUAUGGACGCUGGACAUUGACAUGAAAAAUAAGAAAAUAUAUUUUGCGGAAUUGGAUAAAGAGAUUCGUCGGGCAAAUUAUGAUGGAACUUCUGAAGAAAUCGUUGUGAAGGAUGCUAAGACACGGAGAUUAACAAUUGAUUGGAUAGGACGUCGUAUAUUCUGGAGUGAUUGGAGGAAGAAUAUCAUUAACGUGGCGACUUUAGAUGGUAAAGACAGCAGAACGCUGAUUAAAACUCUCGAGCCUUUGGAUAUAGCAAUUGACCCCAUCGAAGGGUAUUCAGAUCCUGUGGAGAUGGCUAUCCCCUCAUUGCAGGGGUGUUGGAGGGUGCCUUUGGAAGAUGAGAUGAUUGGCAAUGUGGCAAUGAUGAUGAUCAUUUUCCCCGGCACGCUCCCAAGCCGCGCUUUAUAAUUUCACUAACGGGAAUACACGUGGGAUUGAAUACCACCCUUUCUCACAAAAUCACCACACAUUGGGGAUGUUUUAUGGAACCAAUCAAUUCAGAGAACAGGAACCAAUCGAUUCAGGGAUUAGCCCCCAAUAGCAAACCAACAGCCCACUACAUACGGAUAAACAGAAUGCUCAUACAUAUUUGGACUUCAUCAUCAUCGCCGAUCUCACCACGAAUUCACGUCACACAAUUUCCGCUCAUUACCACAAAUCACAUAUGCGAGCACGUCGUUCCAAGACCUGCUAGCGGGUUAGAAACGUGCUUUCCCUAGUUAUGCUUGGAGUCUGAUGAAACGUAACUACAGUUUUCAACGAAAAACAAACGAAAGGGACUUGACCAGAAUGGCAAUAACCGGCAUUCAUUCCGGCCAAGGCAUCUCAUGCGUUUCCAUAUUGCACCCGGGUUUUUCCAAACAACAAACACAUAUUCGUAGCAUUUCAACCAUUUUCAAACCGUGUUUUUACGUGGACUCCGUGUUUUUACGUGGACUCCG